UGCGUUAGAAGUGAUCAGCUUAUUACAAUACCGAUCUCUCUCUCUCUCUCUCUCUCUCUCUCUGUGUAUGUAUGUGUCUUUCUCUCUCCAUCCACUACACUCCAAUUGCUUACUUCAAAACCACGGUGAUAUCUACUCGGUGCUAUGGUUCUUGUCUCCUUCUUUCCCAAGAUCCAGCCCCUUGUAUUAAACCUCUCAUUCAAUAGUCCAAUUCUCUCCAUGUUAAUCUCUCUGCUUUAAAUGCAACUGUCGCCAUGGCUGCAGAGCUUGGCCUACUGUCCAUGAUCCAACUCCAGAAACUGGCUCAGUCUCAACAACAACAACCUAACCCUAGCUUAGCCGCUGGCUCUUGGAUGUGGAACGCAAAGCAAGCUCAAGACGAUGAUGAUUCAUGGGAGGUACGCGCUUUCGCUGAAGACACCGGUAACAUCCUGGGCACUACAUGGCCCCCUCGCUCCUACACUUGCACCUUCUGCAGACGAGAAUUCCGAUCCGCUCAGGCGCUCGGCGGUCACAUGAACGUGCACCGUCGAGACCGUGCCAGACUCCGUCAAUCGCCUCCUGCUUCUGCAGAUCCCUCCUCAUCUUCCAAUUCCUCAUCUACUUUCCUUAUCCCCACUCCAGAAUUUGCUCCCAAUGGCGCCUACUGUCUUCUUUACCCUCUGCCAAGCCCUACCAACUCUUUCACACCCACGUCACUGAAUAGGUGCAUGGACUCACCCCCUACUCUUCUUUCUCUGCCCAAUUAUUCCACAAACACCUUAGUCCCAUCUUGCCCACCUUCCAUUAAUUUCCCAGCUUCUACAGAUAUCCAGGCUUCGUCAUGUCACUCUGCUAAUAAGCUGGAGCCUUCAUUUUCUGUCGACGAUAGCUACAAUUAUAACUACAACAAGGAAUUGCCGGUUGAGGAGCUCGAUCUAGAACUCCGGCUGGGGCAAAGGCCGCCAUCGCUGUAGCAUGAGAGAAGAGAAUUGUUGCGUUUUUUUUUGGUUUGUGCUUGCUCAUCAUCAGUAUGUGUAAGAUAUAUACACUCUACUUCCUAAUUAGACAGUAUGUAAAAAAAAAAAAAAAAAAUCCUGAAUCCUGGUUGAUACUUCCAUGAGUGUUUGAUUGAAGAUGUAGUAAUGGCAUAACAAGGGCGACAGGGAGGAAGGAGCAGAAGAAGAAGAAACCCUUUCCCGAGAUUGUAAAUUAACACAGAAAGGAAGGAUUUUGAUUUAUGAAAGAUCAUUAUGAACGAGGAUUAGGGUUUGGUGAUGGAUGGGUACAGUCUGCAGUGCAGUGUCAUUUUCCACCACGCAUCAAGAGUCUGCAGGUGAUCCAUUUCCGUGGGGACUAUAUCUAUGACACAUAAGGUAGGCUAUUUGCGCCUUUUGUUUGAAAGAACUACCAAAUUGCCACUGCCUCCAUUUUAAUAAUUAGCCAUUAAUUUUGGAAAUAAAUAUUGUGCAUUUCUUGGUAUAGCUGAUUAAUGAGGUUCUGUAUUUUGAUUAUUCGAUUAAACAAUGGUUCUUCUACCCUUGAAGAGGAGAUGCAAUAAGUUUCUGCAAUUAAGCAGAAGGGAGAAUUCCAAUUUCAGGUGUUUAAGUUGGGAGAAUUUGGGUAAAAUCCUUCUUCUCUUUAAGCUGUAAACAAAUCAUUUUGAACUUUUCAUCUUUAUCUGUCUUUUUUGCUUUC